UACGAGGUUGAAAAUUAAAAAUCUGGAAACGAACUCUUUUUUUAGGUUAUCUUUAUUUGUUAGAAACAAGAAUAAAGUAUAAAAGUAGAAUACAAAAUUCCACAGUUUGAAAGGAAGACGGAAACAUGUACGGAAAUUACAGAUCUAAGAACUCUAGAAUCGAGGAACUAGCUAUGCCUAGAAUCAGAAAAGACAACACUAGCAAUGUUAAUGCUUUUAAGGUGAAACGAAGAGCAUUGUCAUAUCAAAUUACAGACAGUUUAAACAAAUUGGCUCAGCCUAAACAUCAGCGACAUAAUAACAAUGAAAUUUGCGCCUCAAGAUCAACGAAGGAAUCUUCGAAUGGAGCAGGUCAAAGCGAUGAACGAUCUACUGUUAAGAAAAAGAGAAACACCAAAUCGAAUCGAUUCGAAAGAAGAAUAUUUUUGGAUAACUAUACAAAAAUGGCAGCUGCAAGCCAUAAUCGAAAAAUGUUAAGAGAUGUUCCAAAACCAAAAAGAACUUUUACAGACGGAGAAUGUUCAAACAUCGAUGAAUAUUAUCACUCCGAUAAUCGGGUAGCUUCAGAAAUGAAAACUAAUCAACCAAGUGAAAGAAACAUGAAACAAAGGGCGAACUAUUCCUCCAUUUUGAAGCCUCGUUGUACAUUCGAAUAA